AUGAAAAAUUGCCCAGACAGACUAUCCAUACAAGGACAACACGAUCUUGAUUCUACAGUUGCCUUUAUAUUCUUUUCAAUGAUAAGAUAUUUGCACGACAGAACUAGUAAAUCUUAUUUCAAUAUUUGUAAAAAGGUUAAAAGUAUACCCAACAUCAAUCAUCAUGGAUGUAAUAAUGAAUAUUGUACAGAUUUGAAUGAACAACAACAUGAUAGAGUUAUUAAAAGUGUACUUUGUAAUAUCGUUUUAUUUAGAAAGAUUGUGUCGUUGGGUGUACCUUUAGACCGAUCAAUCAAAUCAUACAAGAUCAAUCAACUACCAAAUGAUAUUACUUGGUAUCUACGUUGUGGUUUUAUUACUCUAUUAAAAGAAAGAAUUGAAAGAGAGGAAAUGGAAUUGAAACAACAACUAGAACAACAACAACAAGAUCAACAAACAUCAUUCAAUAAUAGAAAAGAUUAUUUAAAUGAACAUCAUUUAAGAUGGAAUUAUAAAACAACACAAGAAAUAUGUUUAUAUGGUUCACAAGAUAUCGAAUUAUUUAAAUAUCUAUUUGAAAAGAAACCUGAAUGGUUUGGUCAUCCAAAGUGUUUAGAAAAUGUUGCAAAGGUUGGUAAUCAAGAAAUGUUUGAUAUGCUUACAUCCAAUACCAUUCCAGUUCAAGUAACUUUUAAUAUUGAGGAAUGUAUAUUCCGAGCUAUUCAAGGUGCUAACUAUGACAUGGCACGAUAUCUUUUGGAAAAGAAUAAUUACAACUUUAAAUUGGGAAAGAAUAUGUAUUUUUCAAUAUCAAUGAUACAUAGACGUAAUAGAUUGGAUUUGGUCAAUUGUGCAAGACUAUUUAUAGAUAUUGCAAUUAAAAACAAUGUAAAAAUGGGAAAGCUGUUUCCUCAAGUAUUUGAACUACUUUUAUUUGCUCAAGACAUUAAACUAUUGAAACUUGCCUAUCGUAAAGGUUACUAUAAAUUUACUCAAUAUAGUAUUGCCCGCCAUAUCCAUAAUGACCUAAUGUAUAGAGGUAUGCCCAAAGAUACAGAUCUCAACCAUCAAACGGAAUUCAUCAAACAAGUAUUACAAUUUCAUCUCGAAAACGAUCAAUUCAAUCAAUUGGUAGAAAAGGCAAAUCAAUCAGUAAAAUCAUUGGUUUCAACUGUGGAAUCUAAUGAAAUACUCUAUGAAAAAGGAGAAGAUGAUGAAAAAGUAGAAGAGUUUAGAGAAGAUUAUGACUAUGAAGAAUAUGAAGAAGAUGAAGAUUGGUUCCCAACGUAUUUUGAUUCAAUUAGUAGAUUAUCAACAAAACAAUCACAGUGGUAUAUAUUUUUAUUUACAAUAUGUUAUUUUGGAUUGGUGGCAGGUGAAGAAGGAUAUUGGCCAAAGCAACCACAACAUUUAUUCAAAGUUUAUAUUAAAAAUGGUAAAGAAAAAGAAUAUACUAUCAUGGUUGAAAAGAUUUUUGGUUGUCAGUAUAUCACAAGCAAUGGAAGAUUGGAACAUGUAAAAGCAGCUCAUCUAUUGGGUUUGGUGGAUGAAGAAACACUCUUUUAUCCAGAGCAACGUGAUGCUUCUCAAUCGUUGGAAAUCAUGCAAUAUCUAAUCGACAUUGGUAUUGGCGAUAUUAACAAUAAUACUUUGAUAGAAUUUUGUGGUGACAAAAAGAAUGUUUGUCUUGUCGAGCUUUUAUACAAACACUAUCCAAAUUUAUUUAACCAAUCUACAAAUAGUAUGAUUGCCGAAUAUAUCACAAUGUUUGGUUAUUAUCACUUACUCUAUAUGAUUACCAUCAGUGACGGUGAUGAUGAUGAUGGUACAUCACAAAUUGGUGAAAAGGUAGUAGAGGUUAGAAAAAAACAUAAAAAGAACCUCACUCAACAAGUAUUUGAUGCUAUAUCAAAAGUAGCAAUUGUUCAUUAUUAUUAUGAUGAUUCAAUUGGACAAAUUAGUUUUAAAUGGAUGAAACAGAUUUAUGAAAAUUGCAAUGGUAAACCAUCAAAUCAUAUCGACAAAAUUGACUCUAUGUAUCAAACUCAAUUAAUAUUAUCAACCAAAGCAAAUCAAAUAGAUAUAAUCAAUUAUCUUUUAUUUCAGCAAUCAACUUUUACACCAACCAAGGAGACUCUUUCUGAAUUAAUCUCUAUUGCUUUUCAAAAACAAUUCUUGGAGGUUCAUAACAUAGUUAAUCAAUACAUUCAACAAACCAAUCAACAAACAUAUGUGAGAUAUGAAAAGAACCUAUGGAAAAUGAUUGCAACCGAUGGAGAUAUCAAACAAUUUGAUCAAUUAAUGGAAAAUAGUAAAAAGAACAAAUAUGCCAUCUCCCCAAACCACCUCGAUGAAAUAUUUAGUUUAGCAAUUUCCAAUAAUCAAGUGGUAUUUGUUCAACACUUGUUUGUCAAGUACCAAGAUUUGAAAACUAUAUCGCGUAGCAGCUACCUUUUAGAUUGUGCAAUCUCACAUCACCACCCUCAAAUGUUGAAAUCGUUAUUGGAAUAUAGAUACAGAGACCAAGAAGAAUAUAUUCAAUAUGCUUUAAAAUAUUGUAUUCGAUUAGGCAGCUUAUCUUGUUUUAAAUUGUUGGUUGAUCAAUAUUAUUCUGUUGCAAUCCCAUUUUUAAAAGAUCAAACCAUUCUAAAAUGCACCGAUGAUAAUUUACCAAUCAUUUCCUUUUUAAUUGAUAAUAAUUAUACAUCAACAAAAAAUCAACUUUCAAAAUGUUCCUCUUCUUCUUGUUCUUUUUUAUUAAAAAAAUUAAAUUAA